UGAUGGGUAUCGGUCAAAUCGGUGGCAUUGUCAUGCCUCUAAUUUAUAGAGAAGUUGAUAAGCCGAUGUAUCGACGCGAGCACUUAAUUUGUGGUGGAUUGAUAGCUGUUAGUAUGGUUGCUACCAUUAUUUUACGCAUUUAUUUAAUGAAAGAAAAUAACCGGCGAACAAAUUUAUCACCUGAAGAAUAUACACGUGAAGUUACUAUCAAAGAACCUUGCGAUCGCGUAGGUUCAUAUUUGAUUUCUUAUUUUACAACGUGUGUAUUCUAA